GCGUCUGUGAAGCGAUACGGGCGUUCCGCUCGGCGUUCUCCUUUCAUCGUGGAUCCGUCUCAGCGCAGUUGUCCUCCGAUAUAGUGCGGACAUUAUUAUUUUCUACCUUCCCGAUCUUCCCUCCCAGUAUCGUUGACACGGCGAGUGUGUGAUACGCGACGUAAACAAUGGCUGAUCAGCAAGAAAACAAGGACUUCAGUGAGGAUGUAGCUGAGCAAAAUUUCGAGAAGAACGGCGAGGCCGAUAGCGGUGCCGGUGGCGGCGGCGGCGGCGGCGACGCCGUGGAGAAUGGCCAGGAUUCGCAGGAGGACAGAAAAUUAUUUGUCGGUGGCUUGAGCUGGGAAACUACUGACAAGGAAUUAAGAGAACAUUUUAGCACAUAUGGCGAUAUUGAGAGUAUCAAUGUCAAAACAGAUCCCAACACAGGGAGAUCGAGAGGCUUUGCCUUUAUUGUUUUUGCCAAAGCCGAAGCUCUUGACAAAAUCAUGUCAGCCGGCGAUCACGUCAUCAACAACAAAAAAGUCGAUCCCAAAAAAGCAAAAGCUAGACAUGGAAAAAUCUUUGUAGGCGGUCUGUCGACUGAAUUGUCUGACGAUGAUAUCAAGAACUUCUUUUCACAAUUUGGAAAUAUUGUCGAGGUGGAGAUGCCAUUCGAUAAGACAAAGAACCAGAGGAAAGGUUUCUGCUUCAUUACGUUUGAAUCCGAACAGGUGGUCAAUGAACUGCUCAAGACACCGAAACAAACUAUUAAUGGAAAAGCGGUGGAUGUAAAGAAAGCGACGCCCAAGAUGGACGGUAUGGGUGGAAUGCGCGGUGGAAUGAUGGGCCGCGGUAGAGGCGCCCGUGGCGGCCGCGGACGCGGAUUUGGCGGGCAAGGUGGCUGGGGACAAGGCUACGGCGGUGGCUACGGCGGAGGCUACGGUCAAGGUGGCUACGGAGGCGGCUAUGGCGACGGUUACGGCGGAUACGACUAUUACGGCGGUGGAUACGGUGGAUAUGGUUACGAUUACAGUGGAUAUGGUGAUGGCUAUGGCUAUGGCGGUGGUAAUUACGAAGGUGGCUACGCGGGCGGGCGCGGUGGUGUACGCGGUAAAGGCGGUUCCGGUUAUGGCGGCAAGCAAAGAGGAGGCGGUGGUCGCCAAAAUCAGAGGCACCAGCCGUACUAACGAAAAUCAUUCGCGAUCGCAGUGCAAUUCGCGUCGUAAUCGCUGGUACUCUUCCUCACUACUACCGAUCUCUUCAUUCGUCCAAUCAUCAUUCCAUUAAGCCGCGUCCCCCCUAGCAAGAAUUUCGACAAUUUUUCGACAAUGUGAACAAUUGCUGCUACAAAAUCAAUCACCGAGAAUGGAGAACAGCAGUAGAGAUUUCAUUUUGUAUUUAACUCCAAUUUAUUCCGUGUCUAUAUGCUUUCCUUUCUGCCGUUUGCAGUGUGCGAGCUUGUGUCGUUUUCCUCCUUUUUAAUAGUGCGUUCACGGUAGAAAAGCAAGCAUAUAAAACCGCCAACAGAGUUCUGAAUGUAAUGCCGAACAAAACAUUGAGUAUUCAACAGUAUACAAUCUUGCAAGAAAUAAUGUUGCCGUAUGAUAAAAUAGAUAAAACGGAAUAAAAAUAGUUGUAUAAAAUAAAAUGUAAGCACGGCGAUACGUGCCUCAA